GCCCGGUGCGGAGCGAUGCAGAAAUACGAGAAGCUGGAGAAGAUCGGGGAAGGUACCGGGGCGGUCGGACCGCGUCGCGUCGCGUCUCAUCUGCCCGUAGUCGCCGCCUCGGGCCAGGCCCCGCUCGGUUCAGGGCCGGGCAGGGGCUGUGGCUGUGGGACCUACGGGACCGUGUUCAAAGCCAAGAACAGGGAGACCCAUGAGAUCGUGGCACUGAAGAGAGUCCGGCUAGAUGAUGAUGACGAGGGUGUUCCCAGCUCCGCCCUGCGGGAGAUCUGCCUGCUCAAGGAACUGAAACACAAAAAUAUCGUCAGGCUGCACGAUGUCCUGCACAGUGACAAGAAGCUGACGCUGGUGUUUGAGUUCUGUGACCAGGACCUGAAGAAAUACUUUGACAGCUGCAAUGGGGACCUGGACCCUGAGAACGUCAAGUCCUUCAUGUACCAGCUGCUGAAGGGCCUCGCCUUCUGCCACAGCCGAAACGUGCUGCACAGAGACCUCAAACCCCAGAACCUGCUGAUCAACAGAAAUGGGGAGCUCAAACUGGCCGACUUUGGUUUGGCUCGGGCCUUUGGGAUCCCUGUGCGCUGUUAUUCAGCAGAGGUUGUGACACUGUGGUACCGUCCCCCUGACGUGCUGUUUGGUGCCAAGCUCUACUCCACCUCCAUAGACAUGUGGUCAGCGGGGUGCAUCUUUGCAGAGCUGGCCAAUGCUGGGCGGCCCCUGUUCCCGGGGAACGAUGUGGACGACCAGCUGAAGCGGAUUUUCCGGUUGCUGGGAACCCCAACCGAAGAGCAGUGGCCGGCCAUGACUAAGCUCCCAGACUACAAGCCGUACCCCAUGUACCCUGCGACGACGUCGCUGCUCAAUGUGGUGCCGAAGCUCAAUGCCACAGGUCGGGACCUGCUCCAGAACCUGCUGAAGUGCAACCCGGUGCAGCGGGUCUCGGCCGAGGAGGCAUUGCAGCACUCCUACUUCACGGACUUCUGCCUUCCCUAGAGACUGCCUGGGCCAGGCCAGCACCUGCCCUCUCCAGGGGCGCCUGCGGGAGGGGGGUUCUGGGGCCAGGGCACUGGGUGAUGGGCAGGGCCCUGGGACCCCCCCAAGAUAUUUAUUAGGUUUUUAACACAUUGCAGUGCCUGGUUUUAUACCAGUCUCUGCGGGGACCCCAUGGACAGGAGCCAGCCCCCCUCCCUGCCCUGCUGCAAGCACCCAUUGCCCCUGUACCGUGCAGCGUCAUCUGCCUCCCCCGGGACAGGGACGGCCCUGGGGUUCCAGUGGGGCACAGGAAAGAGGGGAGCUGCUGCUGUCCCUUACUUCAUCGGAGGUCUGGGGGCAAGAGAUGGCUCCUCCCAGGCUGGUGUGGGAUGUGAUGCCCCCGGCGCUGGCUGCCCAUUCUUGCCACGUCCCCUGCAGGCCUCUGGGCCCUGGCCGUGCCCCUGCCUGGGUGGGGCCCCCUUCCAGCUGGGACUCCUUGGGGGCCAGGCAGCUUCCCUCCCCCUUGUAACAUGCUCCUGUGUGGCUGAAGGUGUAUGUUUAAUUUCAUAAACAGUUCCCCUCCCCCA